AUGUGGUAGUGGUGAACUAGUGCGAACGAACUUUGAAUCUUCGACUUUUUGGGGGGUCUGCCUUUGUUCUGAGCGAGGCUUGUGGGUGUGAUUUACCCCCCCUCCCCUUUUCUCCCUCCUCCCUCCCUCAUCUCCGGUUGGUCGACUGUUGGGCUGGCUGCUUCCUCGGCAAAGCGACGCUAGCUGGGGCUGGCUAGUUCUUGAGCUAGCGGUGGGGUCUCUUCGCUGAUUUUCGUGGGCUCGUCUCUUUUCCCGGUCAAUGCCAAAAAACACAUUGACUCAGAUCAAGUGCCCCAAUAGCUGGAGAGAGGUAACUGAAAAAGAGUAAAAUGAGUGAACUGGACCAGUUACGCCAAGAGGCCGAGCAGCUCAAAAAUCAAAUCAGAGAUGCCAGGAAAGCAUGUGCAGAUGCCACGCUAUCACAGAUCACGGCCAACAUCGAUCCCGUUGGGCGAAUUCAGAUGCGUACCAGACGAACAUUGAGGGGUCAUCUGGCCAAAAUCUAUGCCAUGCACUGGGGAACAGAUUCCAGGCUUUUGGUCAGUGCUUCUCAGGAUGGCAAACUAAUUAUUUGGGACAGCUAUACCACAAACAAGGUCCACGCCAUUCCACUUCGUUCUUCCUGGGUCAUGACGUGCGCGUAUGCACCUUCAGGAAAUUACGUGGCAUGCGGCGGCUUAGACAAUAUCUGCUCUAUUUACAACCUCAAAACCCGCGAGGGCAACGUGCGCGUGAGCCGCGAGCUCGCCGGACACACAGGAUACCUCUCCUGCUGUCGUUUCCUUGAUGACAACCAGAUUGUUACAAGCUCGGGAGACACCACCUGUGCCCUUUGGGAUAUUGAAACCGGCCAGCAGACGACCACGUUUGCCGGGCACACGGGUGACGUCAUGAGCCUCUCUUUGGCCCCGGAUUCCCGAUUAUUUGUCUCCGGUGCCUGCGACGCUUCGGCCAAACUCUGGGAUGUGCGAGAGGGCAUGUGCAGACAGACCUUCACCGGCCAUGAGUCCGACAUCAAUGCCAUCUGUUUCUUCCCCAAUGGCAACGCCUUUGCCACCGGCUCGGAUGAUGCCACCUGCAGGCUGUUUGACCUGCGCGCCGAUCAGGAAUUGAUGAUCUACUCCCAUGACAACAUCAUCUGCGGCAUCACCUCAGUGGCGUUCUCCAAGAGCGGCCGUCUCCUCCUGGCCGGAUAUGACGAUUUCAACUGCAACGUGUGGGACACACUAAAGGCUGACCGUGCCGGUGUGUUGGCUGGCCAUGACAACCGCGUGAGCUGCCUGGGCGUGACUGAUGAUGGCAUGGCGGUUGCCACAGGAUCCUGGGACAGCUUCCUGAAGAUCUGGAAUUGAAGCCUGAAGAUGUCCUUUUAACUCCAAAGCCGACUGGAAGACCAUUACCACUUCAGAAUGUUCACAGCAUCUUCUUCAACACUGUUUCAAACUGACUUGGACACCACAAAAAAUGUCGAAGGGAAAAACAAUCCUUUCCCACACAAAGAAGAGCACAAUUGUCUUAUCACCUAAUUAAAGAAAGGAUCUCCUGUGAUAUCAAAUCAGAAACUUGUGCAUUCCUUCUCGGACCAUUUCAUGUUAUCUUGAGAGAGAAAGAAAAAGAAAAAAAGCAACACUAUCAUCCCAUUCAAACGUGUGUCUUGAAAGCAAAUGUUGGAGUGUAAUUGUACAAAUUAUUUAACUUUUUUUUUUUUUUUUUUUUAGAAUUCUUUUCAGACGGCUUGUUACUCAAUGGCUUUUUUGGGGGGUUCGUAUUUCUUUAGUGGUUUUAGAUAUGUUUGAAUGACAGCUUGUCCUUUCUAAUCCAGUUAAAUCACGAAUGAGCGACAAGAGAAAAACAUGCAGAAGUUUAAAAAAAAAAGCUUGGAUCAUAUUACACAAGCAGCUUUUCCAAAAUGUCUAAUGUAUUUAUAUACUAGCUGUUUUUUUUUUUUUGUUUUGUUUUUUUUCUUUUUGUUUCCAUCACAGCCUUUUGCACAUGAAGCUUUGCCUCUCAACUAAUACAAUGUUAACUAACCAAGCACAUGCUCUAAGUUAUGAAUACUCAUUCCGGUGCAAAAAGGAGUUCUUUUGAGUAACUUUGUCCAGUUAUAACCCCCACAUCUCUCCCUCUUUAAUUAUUUUACAUGCCAUUGAUUUUGGGUGGGAAGAAAUGGUGCAGCAAGGCAAGUGCUGAGAUUAUCUCGGCAGAGGACGGGCAGUAGUUUGAUUUUAUGAUAUGAAUUGGGGUGGGUGGGGAGGCUUCGGGUCUUGUGUUUAGUAUCCAGUUUUUUGGGUGAAACACCUCACCUUACUAAAUAGACACUUCCUUUGGUUGGGACUGCAGUUGCAACUCUGUGAAUGAAAUGUACAAAAAAAAAAUCAAUGUCUGAAAAAAAUGGUCUGUUUUUAAGUUGAGACAUUUAAUUUUGUCUGACACAACUUAAUUUAGAUGUGCAUGCUGUAGACUUGCUUUCAGUGGUGCUAAAAUAAUAAAAAUAAAUGAAAAAAAACUCCUAGAUUUUUUUUUUUUUUUCCAUUUUGGUUCCUAUUGAUUUAAACCUAAUCAGUCAUUUUUGGGGUGCCGACUCUCCAUACUAAUAACUGGUAAUGCUAUGCGCCAUAGUGAGCAAGAGACUGCAUAUCUCGUCUCAAAUAUGCUUACCAGUUAUAUUGACGCAAACAUUUCAGAAUAUAACAAUCAUUCUGAUAAUUUAUCUUUGGCAAGCUUUUUUCUCUCUUUCAAAUCUUCACUUAAUGGAACAAAACACACAUACACACAGUGUCCAUAUUACACUUUUUUUCUAUUUUCUUUUGGUCUUAAAUUGAAAAAGCAGAACAUCUGAAUGGCAACAUUUCACUGUAUACAGAAGCACUUUUGUUAAUGUGUGACAUUCUCACUUUUUCCUUUCUCUACAAUGAUGUACUUCAAUAAAUGUAAUGUAUUUUGUGUGUGUGGCCACCAGUGAAAAUGCGAUUCAACUCCAGAUGGAUUUUCCUGCUCCCUCCACCUUGUUUCCAUGAAUAUACUAGAGCUCUGCACCUUUAUGUAGCUUUCCACUUUUUUUUUUUUUUUUUUGGUAUUUACUUUCAGUCUCUUGGUGUUCCACGGUGAGCUGGAUGCAAGAUAGAUACUGUACUAAAAUGUACUGUUAUUGAUUGAAGAUGUAAUAAAAAAGCUGUUUGAGAGUUA